UUUUGGCGCAAUAUCAGACACAUUCUGUUGUUUUAAAUAAUUAAAAAUGGAGCUCUUAUCCUUAAUAACGUUAUGUGCUUUUGUUACAUCAAUAAAAUCAAGCAUUGUAAAAUUUACACCUGCUACAAUUCACAAUCACCUUUUCUCAAUGGAGUCAUUGAAGAAAGAAUAUGACACAACUGACAAUACUCAUGAAGAUAGUUGUGAUAAAAAUGCGAUAGAUGGUUUUGAAGACGACACAGACUGGCGCGUGACUCCAGACCCAAGUGUUCUAGCACGUUUAAACAGAAAACAGAGUAAAGCGAGAAACAUGACUGAUGAAGAAUUAUAUAAGAGGGGAUAUCCAGAAACGGCAAUUAGAUUUGACUCUCCCCUAGAUGAAAAAAUUUAUUACUAUAAAAGAUUUUCAAGUAUAUCUGAAAGAAAAUGUAGACAAUACAACAAUGAGAUAAUUAGACAAAAACAGAAUAGAAAUGAAGAGACAGAUAAUGGGUAUGGAGUGAUAGGAGGUAACAGCACAUCAAUUGAAUAUGUUCCUUAUGUGGGUGGCCUGGGAUAUAAAAUGAAAUCGGGAAAAUUGGAAUUUCUCUGUGGAUGUACACUGAUAAGUUAUUGGUUCGCCCUGACAGCAGCACAUUGUGCGUUGAAAGAAGAUAAUCCUAAUGGAUUUAUAAAGCCAUCAAUUGCUCGAUUCGGAACAACCAACAUCGAAGAACCUGCCGACGACUUUAAAAUAGCUCUUAAACAAUACGAGGAUUAUCAUUAUGAUAAUAAAUUGGAUAUCGCACUGGUUAAAUUAAAAAAGAAAAUAAAGUUUACUAAAUCCGUGCAGCCUGCAUGUCUCUGGCGCAGCGAGCAUACUGGCAGUUUGAAGAAAGUUUCGGUUUCGGGAUGGGGGACUACAGACCCGGCCAUUAAUGAAAUGACUGAUAUACUGCAAACCGCUGAUUUGGAAAUUAUCGAUACAGAAAAGUGUGCGGAGAUAUACAAAGAUAAUGGUCAAAUUGACUUCAAACCUAUAAAACAACAAAUAUGUGCCGGAAAAUUAUCAGGAGGUGUUGAUACUUGCCAGGGCGAUUCCGGCGGACCUUUGGCCGGAAUUAAAAAACGCACUAAUUACAUAGUUGGUAUUGUGUCACAAGGAAAAGGAUGUGCUCAAAGUAAUGUUCCAGCUAUUUAUGUUAGAGUUUCUAGUUUCGUUUCCUGGAUUGAAAAUAAUGUAUGGAAGAAAUAUGAAUAGUCAAAAUGCACACUUAAUCCAAUGAAAAUAGUAAUCAAACAAAAUACUCACUUCUUUCUAGCCGUUUCAAGAGGAAGGAGGUUAUCAAUUCGACUGUUUUUAUGUGUGUUACCGCGUAAAAACCGCGUAGUAUAAAGAAAAUUAGUUAUCGAAGUUUCACCAAAAUUCACCAUAAAUAGGG